AUGUCGGUUUUGAUCAAGCGCAACACGGCGAUCCCGGUGAAGAAGACGCGAGUGUACACGACGGAAGCAGACUACCAAACCCAAGUGAAUGUGGUGAUUUACGAAGGCGAGCGCGCGUGUGUGGACCACAACAACAAGUUGGGCGAGUUUACGAUUUCGGGCAUCGAACGGGCCAAGCGCGGUGAGCCCCAAGUCGAAGUGACGUUUGAGAUCGACGCGAACGGGAUUUUGAACGUGAGCGCCAAGGACAAGAAGACGCACGCGAAGGCGGAAACCACGAUCAGCAGCAACGGCGGUCGCUUGAGCCAGGAAGACAUUGACCGCAUGGUGGCGGACGCGGAAAAGUACAAGAAGGACGAUGCCGAGGUGUUGCGCAAGAUUGAAGCGCGCAACAACUUGGAGGGGUUCAUCUACCGCGCGUUGGAAAUUGCCCGUGAAAAGGGCGACGCGGCGGCCGAAAACACCAUCCGCGAAGCCCGCGAGUGGUUGGAGGACCACGAAGAAGCGACCCUCCGUGAAUUGGAAGACAAGAAGCGAUCGUUGGAACGUGCGAUCAAGUAUUAG